UUGAAUGGUUCAAGGCGCGUCACAGUACAUAAUCUCCGGGCCAAUACCAUCGUCGUUAUUUAUGAUUUUUCCCCUCCACCAUUGUUGCGCUCAAAUCUUCGUAAGAAGUCGUUGCUGACUCCGUCGGAUCAUCCGGACACCCGUUUCACUUUCCGUAGCCAAUUUCGAGGAUUACGAGCAGAGAAAUGGAUAAUGACUUGAAGCCGAUGGACGCGGAGCAACUCAGAGAGCAUGCUCAUAAAAUGGUGGAUUUCAUUGCUGAUUACUACAAAAGCAUCCAGGAUUUCCCUGUGCUCAGUCAAGUAGAGCCCGGUUAUCUUCGAAACCUUCUACCAGAAUCCGCGCCUCAUCAUCCGGAAUCUUUUCAAAGUGUUCUUGAUGAUGUACAGAAAAAUAUUUUACCGGGUGUAACACAUUGGCAGAGCCCGAGCUACUUUGCUUAUUUUCCUAGUAAUAGCAGUAUUGCCGGAUUUCUUGGAGAAAUGCUCAGUGCAGCAUUUAACAUUGUGGGUUUUAGUUGGAUAACUUCUCCAGCUGCUACAGAACUUGAGACGAUUGUUCUUGAUUGGCUUGCCAAAUUACUUAAGCUGCCCGAUGACUUUCUCUCGUCAGGAAAGGGUGGGGGAGUAAUACAGGGAACUGCCAGUGAAGCUGUUUUAGUUGUGCUACUAGCAGCCCGUGAUCGAGCUCUGAGGAGAUUUGGAAAAGAUUACCUUAAAAAACUAGUGGUUUAUGCAUCUGAUCAGGCACAUAGUGCUUUACAAAAAGCAUGCCAGAUUGCAGGCAUUCAUCCUGAGAAUUGCAGAUUGUUAAAAGCAGAUUUAUCUACUAAUUAUGCCCUUUCUUCUAAUGUUCUUUCUGAAGAAAUUUCCCACGACAGUGCCAUUGGAUUAAUUCCCCUUUUCCUAUGUGCUACUGUCGGAACCACGUCAUCAACAGCCAUGGACCCUCUCCCUGCGCUUGGAAGUAUUGCUAAGAGGUAUGAAAUGUGGUUUCAUGUGGAUGCUGCUUAUGCUGGAAGUGCAUGUAUAUGCCCUGAAUAUCGCCAAUACAUCAAUGGUGUUGAAGAAGCUGACUCAUUCAAUAUGAAUGCUCAUAAAUGGUUUUUGACGAACUUUGAUUGUUCAACACUGUGGGUCAAGGACAGGCGUGCCUUGAUUCAGUCCCUCUCUACUAAUCCCGAGUACUUGAAGAACAAAGCAUCUCAAGCAGAAAUGGUCCUGGAUUAUAAAGAUUGGCAAAUUCCACUUGGACGCCGUUUUAGAUCAUUAAAGCUCUGGAUGGUGUUACGACUAUACGGUGUAGAAAACCUUCAAAAAUACAUAAGAAACCAUGUCAAGUUGGCUGAACAUUUUGAAGCGCUUGUAUCUCAGGAUCCAAGGUUUGAGAUUGUUACACCCAGAACAGUCUCCCUAGUAUGUUUUCGCCUUCGGCCUCUUCGCAAAAGUGAAGAUGAUGGCAACAAACUAAACCAAAGCCUAUUAGAUGCUGUAAAUGCAACUGGAAAUAUUUUCAUUUCUCACACGGUUUUAUCAGGAAAAUACAUCCUUCGAUUUGCAAUAGGGGCGCCAUUGACAGAGGAAAAGCAUGUUGAUGCUGCUUGGAAGUUACUGCAAAAUGAGGCUUCCAUUUUGCUUGCAAAUUGAAACGUAGGUCACUUAUCUUAAUUUCCAGAAAAAUAUUGGUGCUUCCUCGUGAGUAGCUUCUUUUGCUGACCACUAUUAAAUUUGUGACAAGUAGGAGAGAGAUAAAAAUUAGAUUUUUUCUGUUUUCAAAAAAUAAGAAACUUGUUAAUUUUUUAUUGGUGGUUUGCAAGA